AUGAAGACAGGGGCUCAGGUUUGGAGGGCACUGGCAAAGUCAUGUCUUCUCUGUGCUGCCCUGGGAUUCCAUUUCCCUGGUUCCAGAGGUGAGAAGCCAGAUGUGUUUGAGACAAAUGCGGUCACCGGGAGCCUUGCCAAGAGCAGACCAGCACGGAGUGUGGAUGUCACCCCAGCGCCCAUUGACUGUGAGCUCUCCACCUGGUCAUCCUGGACAGCAUGUGACCCCUGUCAGAAGAAAAGGUACAGACAUGCUUACUUGCUCCGGCCCUCUCAGUUCCAUGGGGAACAGUGUGACUCCUCCGACAAGGAAGUUGAGGACUGUGUUACCAACCGACCCUGCAGAAGUCAAGCGCGAUGUGAAGGCUUUGUGUGUGCACAGACAGGGAGGUGUGUGAAUCGCAGACUCCUCUGCAAUGGGGACAAUGACUGUGGAGACCAAUCAGAUGAAGCAAACUGUAGGAGGAUUUAUAAAAAAUGUCAACAGGAAAUGGAGCAGUACUGGGCAAUUGGCAAUCUGGCCAGCGGGAUAAAUCUGUUCACGAACACUUUCGAGGGCCCAGUUCUCGAUCACCACUAUUAUGCUGGUGGAUGUUCCCCCCACUACAUCCUGAACACCAAGUUUAGGAAGCCAUACAACAUAGAAGGCUACACCCCACAGACCCAAGGCAAAUAUGAAUUCGUACUUACAGAAUAUGAAUCAUAUUCAGAUUUUGAACAUAAUGUGACAGAAAAAGCAACCAGCAAGUCUAGUUUCAAGUUUGGUUUUAAAAUAGAGAAGAUUAUUGAGUUUGGAAUUAAAGAAGAAAGCAACGAAGGCAGACAUUACAUUAGCAGAACCAAACGAUUCUCCUACACUAAAAGCAAGUUUCUGCACGCGCGCUCUGUCCUUGAAGUGGCGCAUUACAAGCUGAAGUCCAGAAACCUCAUGCUCCAUUACGAAUUCCUUCAAAGGGUCAAGAGCCUGCCCCUGGAGUAUAGCUAUGGGGAAUAUCGAGAUCUCCUCCGUGACUUUGGGACCCAUUUCAUCACCGAAGCCGUGCUUGGGGGCAUCUACGAGUACACGCUUGUCAUGAACAAAGAUGCCAUGGAGCGAGGAGAUUACACUCUUGACGAAGUUGCUGCCUGUGCUGGAAGACGUUUCAAGUUUGGUGGUACCAUCUAUCAAAUCUACCUCAAUUUGGAUGUGUCUGAAAAGAAAUGCAAUGACAUUCUGAAUGAAAUCAAAGACAGAAAUCAGAGGAGCACUAUGGUAGAAGACUUGGUAGUUCUUGUGCGAGGAGGGACAAGCGAGUACAUCACGAGCUUGGCAUACAGAGAGCUGCCAACUGCUGAACUGAUGAAGGAAUGGGGCGAUGCUGUGCACUACAACCCAGCAAUCAUCAAGAUCAAGGCCGAGCCCCUGUAUGAGCUUGUGACAGCUACAGACUUUGCAUACUCCAGCACAGUGAAACAGAACAUAAAGAAGGCACUAGAAGAAUUCCAGAUGGAGGUCAGCUCCUGCCGCUGUGCUCCUUGCAAAGGCAAUGGAGUCCCCGUCCUGAAAGGAUCCCGCUGUGAGUGCAUCUGCCCUGCUGGCUUCCAAGGCAUAGCCUGUGAGGUUACCAAUCGGGAAGACAUCCCCAUAGACGGGAAGUGGAGUUGCUGGUCCGACUGGUCUGCAUGCUCUGCAGGACACAAAACAAGACAAAGGCACUGCAACAAUCCAGCCCCUCAAAACGGAGGCAGCCCCUGUUUCGGUCCUGCUUCAGAAACACUCAGCUGUUAA